AUGAGGAGGCCUCUGCUCCGUUGCUUCCUCCCCGUUUUACCUCUCUUCUUCUUUGGUGCAUGGCUGACAGGAUUCCAGAUUCUAGACCCCUCAGCCCUCAGUAACAGUGACUUUAUCAAGCAAAACAUUAACAAAAAUGUGACUGUCUUAGUGUGGCACUGGCCCUUUGGCUCUUCUCACAGCCUGAGGGGUGAUGUGUGCUGGAACCUCUACCACAUCCCCCACUGUAGGCUGGUGGAAGAGCGCUCCUUAUAUAACACAUCAAAUGUGGUGGUAUUUCACAAUAGGGAACUUAUACAAGGUCGCCAGAAGCUGCCCCUUCACCUUUCAAGGCCACCAGGUCAGAUGUGGGCCUGGAUGUCCUUGGAGUCCCCAGCCCACAACGGUAACCUGCGGCCCUACACUAAUGUCUUCAACCUUACCAUGACCUACAGGAGGGAUGCUGAUAUCACUAUACCCUAUGGGGAGCUGCUGCCAAAGAUCUCUGAUAAUAGGGAAGGUACAGUGGAUGGUGUUCACCUGAAUAAGAGCAAUCUGGUCUGCUGGGUGGUUAGCAACUAUAAGACCCACCACAGAAGAAGCCAGGUGUACAAAGACCUGAACGCAGUGGUUCCUGUACAGGUCUAUGGUCGCUGGAAUAAGAAACCCCUCUCCUUGAAAUCCCUCUUGCCUACUAUCUCUCGCUGCUACUUCUACCUGGCCUUUGAGAACUCACUCUCCAAAGAUUAUAUGACAGAAAAGCUGUGGAGGAACGCCUACCAAGCAGGGGCAGUGCCUGUUGUUCUGGGGGCACCGCUGAAUGAUUACAAGGCUGUGGCUCCGCCCAACUCUUUCAUCCACGUUGAUGAGUUUGCAUCUGUAGAGGGGUUGGGCAACUAUCUCAAACAACUGGCAGAGGACAAGGAACGCUACGCAAGCUAUUUCAGUUGGAAACAGCACUGGAAGGUGAAAUUGUACACAGACUGGAGGGAGAGGCUUUGUAAGAUCUGCACAAAGUACAACAGUUUACCUCAUCAUAAGGUUUACUCUGACCUGGAAGCCUGGGUUAAUACUUUCAAGAGUUAACCACACGACAUACACACACAGAGAUGUGGUACAUGAUACACGCUGCCAGUGCAUAUCUUUGGUAUUGUCAGCACCCUAGCAUUUUUUGACACGCACAUGCACUCCUACUCACUACACUCUCCUCUGACUUCAUUUCCUGUAGCAAGCUUCUCUUUUGGGUCAGUAUUUUUAACACAGCUUUAUCACUCCCUACAUGUUAUCAUUGUGCAAAUAAAAAUCAAAUCAAGAUAAUAAAGUAAAAAAGGGUAGAAAUACAAGGGGAAAGAAAUGAGUAUUCCAUGCAAAACCCUGAAUAAAACUGUAUCCCUGAUAUGUAGCAAACAUUGUGCCAAGACAUGAUGAGAAAACUAAAGAUAGAAGUAAAGAUAAGAAGCUGGAUAUGUAUACACAUCAACAUGCUUUAAAUACUGAAAUAUUCAGCAAUGUGCAUGUUAUAGUUUGAAUUAACUGAACCCUAGCAUGUGUUGUUGUGUUGCGAGAUUAUCCAUAACCUCCCAUGUUUGGUAUGCAUGAAGGGUUUUGCUAUCCAUCUUGGAAAACGUUAAAACAGCUGAAAUUUAGACACUGGAAAAAUUGUGCACAAAAACUGAAACAUAAGAAAAUAUUAAGUUGACUGCAAUAUCAAUUUAUGUCCUUUUUUUGAUGGUGAUCUUAUUUUUGACCUCAUUUUGGAACCACAUGUAAACAGAGGUCACAC